UGGUUCGUAUUCAAUGGAUGCACGGAGGGUACAUUCGCGGCAUGAUCCGGCAGCAGGAACGAAUAAAGCACUGACUUCACGCAUGGAUUCUUUCUCCAUAUAACGAUAUCCUUGGCGGCGCAAAUAUUCUUCGCCACGCAUGGAUCCUUUCUUCACAGAGCUUAACAACGCAGGCCGCUGGCGUUUCUGUCACAUAGACACCGUUUUUUCAUGUUGUGAGGAUUGUUGGCGAACUGAGCCACAGUAUCGCUCCUUCAUUCAAAGUCACACCCGGAGUUGCCCGGGUUUCUUCCGAGCAAAGGGUGUCAAUUCUGGGCCGAGACCAUGCAGUCGUGCACUUUCGAACGUACGUGAUAUAGAGCGUCGCAACCGGCCUAAACUCGCAUUCCUACAGGCGCUUCAUGAUAAUGACCCCGAUUUACUGGACGACAAUCCUCGCAAGCUAUGUCUUUUCGACGACCGCGUAACUGAGUGGCAUUGGAUUCAAACCUACGGCCGCGUACCUCUUCCCGAGUCACUCUCCCGACGCAUACCUCUCGAUAUUUGGUACAACGUCCUACAGGGUAUCGAUUCGGAGACGGAUCAGGUCUCGACAAUGCUUGCUUGCAGGGAUUGGUAUCAGUGCUUCGUUCACAGUGACCACUGCCCAGCCCUCUGCAUCCAAGAUAGGAAGAGCCUUCUUCAUGCACGCACUCAAUACAAGCAAGACGGAAAUAUCAAGCAGCGGCUGAAUCUUACCACCACACUUCGGAUACAUCCCCGCGAUGGAGACUCGAAAGCCUUCUGCGACAUCGUUCCCGUGGUGCUGGCGGACUGCUUGCCGGCGCUGCGCACUCUCGUCCUUCAUGGGUGUAUACGCCCUGCCAUGUAUCCUACGUUUCCGCGGAGCCUGCGGUCGUUCAGUGGUCUCCGCCGCUUGAAGAUAUCGGACUUCAUUCUGGUCAGUCCUGGUCAGCUAUGCCGCAUCCUGGUAGCAUGUCCACAACUGGAGACGUUGGUGUUGCGGAACGGAAGGUGUACGUCGGCCGUCCCACCCUCCCCGACAAGUCAUCCCGCCGCUACAAGUCAGACGGACAUGCCGCAGCUCCAGAAACUCGAAUUAUGCCAACUGAACCGACACCUACUUGCGGCGCUCGUGCCGUGGUUUACCGUGGUGCACCCCUCGUUCUGCACGCACGUCACGGACCUCUCUAUCUCUAGUGAUAUCUCAGGCAAAGUAGCUCAGCUGUUAACGCAGCUUCUGCGAGCGAUUGGACGCAGAUUGAAGCGCCUCACUUUGGUCCGUACCCGAGCACGAGCCCACGAUGACACGCCCAAGCAGGCGACCAUCAGUCUGACGAAGAAUCUGUCGCUGCUGCAUGUCGAGCUUCGAGCCGAGUACAACUCGGAGAGAGCCAACACUGACCUUGCGCGGGCGUGGAGGCAGACACUCGAGACGAUUCCAUCAGUGGUCCAAGAGCGAAUCGGGGUCGCGCUUACGCGGACGGGGCGAGAUGACGCUUCGCGCAGCGACUCCGAGUCAACACAGAAUGCACCUAGCUGUGGUCACUCCUCUAGCGAUAUACGGUGUCAUUAUGUUCCACGGGGAAAUGUCGCACGGUACGUCGAACACCUCGCGACACAACACCCUUCACUGUUCCGAGGCAUACCGCGCUUAUGCCUCUCGAGGACCAGGAAAGCAGGAAGGACGGGCCUGACGCGGACGGCCCAGUGUAAAGCCUUCGCUCCAGAGGGCCACGCUAUCAGCGCCACCUGCAACCGUACUUUGUUUGCUGCCACCGAGAAUAUUGCAAGACAUCUCGAAACCGCUCACACUGUGCGCUGUCGGUGGGUGGAGCAAGGAAAACGAUGCAAAGCUGAAAUCUCGCCUCUGCCUUUGGCGGUGGCGGUACACAUCCUCACACAUCACUCAUCCCUGGGUCGCGGCGAAGUGUUCCCGGAGGAACAAAUCUUGCUGGCUCAAACGGCAUCCAGACUUCUUGGAACUGAAGAUGAGGUGAUGGAGGGCGAGGAGGGAGAGGGCGUGAAUACAGGACGAGUGCGAACUGUCAGGGUCUUGCUGCGCGAAAUGGACUUGCAGCAGUCUUGGAUGAAUAUGCAAAGCAUCCGAGCCUCGCUGGCCGCUCAUCCUGAUUACACGCAGUGGUAUAUAUGUCAGCAGAUAUGACAACGCAAUUCGACAGAGGGUGCAUAGACUGAGUUCGGGGUCGAGUACGUGGGUCGAGUCUGUGUCCCAGAGCCGAAUCCUACGAGAGUGAAGUGUAGAAGACAAAGGAUCCGGACGAG